UGUAACUUCCCUUAGAUCUAUCUCCUUCUAUAUUUCCCUUCACUUUCUUCUUUGAAGUCAACAGAUUGGUUAACUCUAAAUUCUAGGCCGAUGCAAAGCUAUCCACUGCCACCAUGAUUGGCCCAGCCGUACUCCGUAGUUAUCGCGCAGUUCAGCCGAGAAACAAUUUCAGACAUGUGGGUCUGGCUAUGAUCCAAUUCGCUUCCAUCCCAGCGUGGACACCGACAGUCUAAUAGCCUAUGAAAGACUGCAGAAACCGACGAUCACCGGCUCAAGGCUCAAGGCACAAGUCCGAGGCUUUCCCACUAAGCCUAGAACGCAGGGGGCUGCGCCCAGAUUCACAAUCAGUCAAAGCUUGCGCUUUCUUCACUAUUUAUCUUUAUGACACCCACGGAUGGGAAGCAAACAUGACCCAGAUCAUCUUGGCUGGAGCCCGCUAUAAUCACUAACCCCUCCCAAUCGUCAUGUCUCCUGCCUGUUUCGCCAUGCAUGAUGGCGCCAUCACCGUCAUCGACAUCGAUCUCCCGUGCGGCGUCACAAACUCCUCCCACCCCCACGUCACCUGCUGUGUCGCCGGCGACUAUUGCAUGAGUAACUCCAUCUGCAAGCAUGCUCCUGCGAACAGGCCGGAAGUCUUCUACAAUGCCGACUGCACCCAGGAGGCCAUGGAAGACCCCGCCUGCGGCGUUCGAUGCGGCGGCAAACAUCGCUCCGACCUCACCUACAACACAGCAAAGGGCGUCUGGUCCUGCUGCGGCGUCAACGACGACGGCACCGCCAACUGCGACAACGCAACCGACGAGAUCUUCCCCGCUCCUCCGCCAACAUGGCUCGCCACCAUCCAGUAUCUCCCGCCCGAAGGGACGCCCACCUACGCGACUUCCAAACCGACACCGACACCGAAUAGCAACACCAGUGCCGUCAGCGCAGGGACAGCAGCGGGGAUUGGAAUCGGCGCUGGACUAGGCGUGGUUCUCCUCGCUGGCGCGAUCGCCUUCUUCUUCCUUCGAGGCCGGAAAAAACCCAUCCCCGCCCACCAGUCGACGUACUACCAUCCCGUGCCCGACCAGACACCGCUGACCGCGCCGCCGUCUCUGUCCCACCGCUCGUGGCAGUCGUAUCUCGUCGAGCCCCAGUCGUCGGCCGUGUAUGAAUUAGGGAAAAGUCGGGAACCGAGCGAGAUAGACACGUCUUAUCAGCCGCAUGGGCGGUAGCAUCGGUGAUGUGAGAGCUACGUGGAAAUGUGUAGCUUGGGCGGUUGACUACGCUUGCUGUGUGUAUUGCUGCGAUAGACAGUGUAUAUAGAACUACUGUGGUAGCUGCAGCUGGACUGCACGCUUUACA